AUGCGCUUGGGGUUCAUGAAUGAGUCUGGCAGUGAUUCAACAAGCGAGAAGGGUGAAAAGAGUGAUUCUAGUGGAUCUGGUUCGGGCACUGAAAGUGAAAGUGGGUCCAGUUCAUCUGGUUCAGGAUCGGAAAGAACUGGGUCUGAAAAGUCUGUGGAUCAAUCACAUCAUAGUGAUGAUACAAAGUCAUCACCUAAACAACACAGUAAUGCUAAUUCUUCAAAGUCUGAUCACCACACUGACAAAAAUUCUUCAGAUGACUAUUCUCCUUCUAAAUCCAAAUCUCGAAAUAGUCAUGCCAAAUUAAAAUCUGAUCUUUGGGAAGAUAAUCCAGAUAUUUAUGGCAUUAGACGGUCAGGCAGGUCACGUAAAGAGCCAGAUAGAUUAAAAUUAGCUGAUAGUGAUUCUAGUGAAAGAGGCAGAACUCACAGCAGGAAAAGUAGAAAAAAAAGUGAUUCAUGGAAUUCAGACUCAUCAGAUAGUGAUAGUGACUUGAAGGGUUCUCCACCCCCACCUUCAAAACGACCAGGCCAAAGAAGUGUACCUCUUCGAAAAAAGAAACCUGCAAGAAGAAGAUUUACAAGUGAUGAAGAUGAAAGUUCAGAAGGCAGUGAUGAUGAGACUAAAAGUCGGACAGCGACGCGCCGUAAGGGGGCUGCAGUUAGUUAUAAAGAGGCGAGUGAUGAGCAAACCGAUUCUUCCGAUCUUUUGGAAGUUGAAGGUGUGGAUGGUGAAGAAGCAGAACCGGAGCCUGAAGAUCACAGUGAGACAAUAGAAAGAGUCUUAGGAAAUCGGCGUGGGAAGAAAGGAGUCACUGGAAAUGUGACUACGGUUUACUAUAUAGAGGAGAAUGGGGACCUGAAUGAAGACUGUAAUCCUGAUGAUGUUGAAUCUACUGAACCUCAGUACCUGAUAAAAUGGAAAGGCUGGUCCCAUAUUCAUAACACAUGGGAGUCUGAGAGGACAUUAAAUGAACAAAAAGUUAAGGGUCUUAAGAAAUUAGAGAAUUAUAUUAAAAAAGAAGCAGAGUUGUCAUGGUGGAGACAGCAAGCAGGACCUGAAGAUAUAGAUUAUUUUGAAUGCCAAGCUGAAUUGCAACAAGAGUUAGUAAAAACAUACAACUUUGUGGAAAGGAUAAUAGCGGAACAAACAAGAGAACUUGAGGGUGGUGGAACUGCUCACGAAUAUUUUUGUAAGUGGGAAUCACUGCCGUAUGCCGAUGCGACUUGGGAGGAUGCGAUUUUAAUAGAGAAAAGAUGGCCAGAACAAGUGGAACAUUUUAAAUAUAGAGAAGCAGCCAAAACUACUCCCUCGAGACAUUGUCCUGUUUUGAGGAGAAGGCCCAAAUUCCAUCAGGUUAAAGAACAGCCUGAAUACAUGGGAAAAGAUGCAAGUUAUGUGCUAAGAGAUUAUCAAAUGGAUGGUUUAAAUUGGAUGAUACAUUCCUGGUGUAAAGAUAACUCUGUAAUUCUUGCUGAUGAAAUGGGUUUAGGUAAAACUAUACAGACCAUAUGUUUUCUAUACUACCUCUUUAAAUCACAACAGUUGUACGGACCGUUCCUAUGUGUUGUUCCUUUAAGUACCAUGACUGCAUGGCAAAGAGAAUUUCAACAAUGGGCACCAGAUAUUAAUGUCGUUACAUAUAUUGGUGAUGUAAGCAGUAGAGAUAUUAUAAGACAAUUCGAAUGGAGUUUUGCUAGCUCAAAAAGACUGAAAUUCAAUGCUAUCUUAACUACUUACGAGAUUUUACUUAAAGACAGACAAUUCUUACGGUCUUUCAGUUGGGCAUGUUUAUUAGUUGAUGAAGCACACAGAUUGAAAAAUGAUGACUCAUUAUUGUACAAAGCACUAAAGGAGUUUGAUACUAAUCACAGAUUAUUAGUUACUGGUACACCAUUACAAAAUUCUUUAAAGGAAUUAUGGGCCUUGUUACAUUUCAUUAUGCCUUAUAAAUUCGAAUCAUGGGAAGAAUUUGAGAAAGAUCAUGAAGAUGCUGCAACUAAGGGAUAUGAGAAACUACAUAAACAGCUGGAACCGUUUAUAUUGAGAAGACAGAAAAAAGAUGUGGAAAAGUCAUUACCAGCCAAAGUAGAACAAAUAUUGCGAGUAGAAAUGACAUCAAUUCAAAAACAAUAUUACAAAUGGAUUCUGACCAAAAACUACAGCGCCCUUCGAAAAGGAGUAAAGGGUUCAAUUAAUACAUUUAUAAAUAUAGUUAUUGAGUUAAAGAAAUGUUGCAAUCAUGCUCUUUUGACCAAGCCUGAAGAUUUUGAGUCAAGGGCCUCACUAGCUACCACAGAUGCUGUAGAGAAAUUACUCCGAGGUUCUGGAAAACUACUUCUAUUGGAUAAGCUGCUAUGUAGGCUUAAAGAGACGGGGCACAGGGUGCUUAUAUUCUCUCAAAUGGUCAGAAUGUUGGAUAUUUUGGCUGAAUAUUUACAACGAAGACAUUUCCCAUUCCAACGGCUGGAUGGCAGUAUAAAGGGGGAAAUAAGGAAGCAGGCAUUAGAUCAUUUCAAUGCAGAAGGAUCUCAAGAUUUCUGUUUCCUUUUGUCAACACGUGCAGGUGGUUUAGGUAUAAACUUAGCAACCGCCGAUACUGUUAUAAUAUUUGAUUCCGAUUGGAAUCCUCAAAAUGAUUUACAAGCUCAAGCUCGUGCCCAUCGUAUAGGCCAAAAGAACCAGGUUAACAUUUAUAGACUAGUAACUGCAAGAUCUGUAGAAGAAGACAUUGUUGAAAGGGCGAAAAGAAAAAUGGUACUUGACCAUCUUGUAAUUCAACGGAUGGAUACUACUGGCAGAACUGUUCUCAAUAAACGUGAUGCGUCAGGAACAAAUGCAAACAAUCCAUUCAAUAAAGAAGAUUUAAAUGCUAUACUGAAAUUUGGUGCUGAAGAGUUGUUUAAGGAUGAUGAGGAAAACGACGAGGAUCCUGUCUGUGAUAUUGAUGAAAUUUUAAGACGUGCUGAAACUCGUGAUGAAGGCCCGUCCAUGGCUGGUGAUGAACUGCUUUCUGCCUUCAAAGUAGCUAGUUUUGCGUUUGAUGAAGAUAAGGCUGUAAUGGAAGUUAAAAAUGAAAAUAAUGAAGAAGAUCCCAAAGACUGGGACGAUAUCAUACCAGAAAAUGUUAGGAAAACAAUUGCUGAACAAGAGAAAACUAAAGAAAUGGAGGACUUGUACUUACCACCGCGAAGAAAACACUUGCAGGCUAAUAACACUGAUAAUGCUGAAGGAGGUCGGAAACGUCGCGGCCGCAGCUCUGGCGAUUGCGGGGAGGGGGCCGACGGGGACGGGGACGGAGACGGGGACGCAGAGAGCGACGCGUCUGAUGCUAGCGCUGACGACGAUCGGCCCAGAAAGAGGGGUCGCCCACCGGCCUCUCACCGGGAAAAAAUUAAGGGUUUCACUGAUCAAGAGAUUCGGAGGUUUGUCAAAAGUUACAAAAAAUUCUCGGCGCCUUUAAAACACUUAGACAGUAUAGCAUGCGAUGCAGAGUUACAAGAGAAACCAUUAGCCGAACUCAAAAAAUUAGGAGAAAUUCUGCAAGACAGAUGUAAAGCGGUACUUAAUGACACGUCGGGUUCUGCAAAUGAACCAACAGAGGGUGGUCGGAAAAAUACAAGAAAGACAUUCAAAUUAGGUGGAGUGCCUGUUAAUGCCAAAACUUUAGCUGCAUGUCAAAACGAGUUGGCACCUUUGGAUGACUUCUUGCCAGACACUAAAGAAGAACGGCUUAAAUGGCAGUUGGAUUUCAGGACACGGCCCGCCAAUUUUGAUGUGGAAUGGGGUGUGGGAGACGACUCAAAGUUACUAGCAGGCAUUUAUCAAUAUGGAAUGGGUUCCUGGGAAGCAAUAAAAAUGGAUUCAUCAUUUGAAAUUGGGGACAAAAUUCUGACUAAUGAAGAUAAGAAACCUCAAGCGAAACAUUUGCAAUCGCGUGCUGACUAUCUGCUGAAAUUAAUAAAAAAACUCCUCGAUCAGAAGAAUGGAAAGCAAAAGCAACGAAAACCUCGCACAAAGCGAGGCAACAAAGAACCUGUUACUAAAGAUAUAGUAGAAGAUGAUGGAAGUUCUGGCGAUGAGAAGAAGACUAAUAAGACUGUUAAAAAUGAUAGAUCAGAUAAGGGUAAGCUCAAGUCAGAGGAGGUGUCUACACAUGAUGAAACAUCUAAUGAUAGGAGAGACCGCGACAAAAGACGUGCAAAGAAGGACGGAAAAGAUAGGAAAGUGGAAAAAACAAAAGCACGCAAGAAGCCCGCAGGACCAAUGCAUUUCACUGCAAACAAUGAGCCUAGAGCAUUGGAGGUGCUUGGGGAUCUUGAUCCAUCUGUAUUUGAAGAAUGUAAAGAAAAGAUGAGACCGGUGAAGAAAGCACUACGAGCUCUUGAUAAUCCAGAUCAGACAUUAUCUGAAAAUGAGCAAGUUUCAAGAACACGUGCCUGUCUCACGCAGAUAGGGACCCAAAUAGAUAUAUGUGUAGAUGCAUAUUCUGAUCCUGAAAAAAAAGUUGAGUGGAGAAGUAAUCUCUGGUAUUUUGUUUCUAAGUUUACAAACUUUGAUGCUAAACAGCUUUAUAGGUUGUAUAAGUAUGGAUUGAAGAAAAAUGAAGCAUCAAAACAAAAAGAUAGAAAACACAAAUUAAACUCUAAGUCCAAUAAUAAGAAUAAUCACAAUGCAAGUAAUAAUGUUAAGUCGUUUAAAAGAGAAGUAAAGCCUGAAGAUGCUAAUGAUAAAAAAGAAAAAAGGGCUAAGGGUGAGCGAGAUAAAUUUGACAAGGUUAAUGACAAAAUACCACAUACAUCUGGAAUAAAGAGAAAAUUGGAGGAAGGAGAGUGUGAUCCAGAGCCCAAUGAAAACAAGCGACAUGAGAGACAUAAACACAAGCACAAGGAUCGCAAGGAUAGGGAUAGAAGCCUCAAGCGAGACGAUUUGAUGCACAGAGAGCGGAGUCGGACGGAGCGUGAGCGCGACCGGGACAGGGAACGCGAUCGGGACAGGGAACGGGAUCGGGAUCGAGAGCGUGAUCGCGAUCGGGACCGAUCGCGCACGCGCCGAGACAGCGGCGGGGUAAGCGGCUCGCGCGCCAGGCCCCCCUACGGCAUGGCGCACCCGCACCCCGAGCAUCCCGCGCAUCCGGCGCACCCUGCGCACGCUGCCCACCCCGCGCACUCCGCCUGGACGCCGCCGGCCUACCCCGGCCCGCGCCAGUACCGCAGCGAUCGGACACCGCGUCCGCACGAUAAGAGGAGCAGGUAUGGUGGUUUCGGUGGCAUGCCGGCAUAUAGUGGAUAUUACGACAGCGCGGCGAUGGCGGGCGGCAUGGGCUUCCCGCCCACGCGCGCCUACCCUGACGAGUGGCGGAACUACGCGCAACCAGAGUAUGCGUAUGAUGAGCGAGACUACGAGCGGGAAGUAUACAGACGAGAUUACGACCGGAGAGCGCCUCCCACUUAA